AUGAAUCCCACCCAGAACGCCAAAUUUCCUCUGCAUGAGGCUGCCCGGGAAGGCAGGACUCAAAUCGUGGAAUCUCUUCUUAGCGCAAACCCAAAAUCUGCAUCUGUGAAAGACGACGAUGAUCGUCUUCCUAUUCACUGGGCUGUAGCCAACAACCGACUAGCUGUCGUUGAGCUCUUGGUAGCCGUCAAGAAUUUUGACCCCGAUGUUGAAGAUGGAUCUGGUUGGACUUCGCUCAUGAUCGCGGCCAGUCUCAAAGAAGCCGCUGGCGAUCCCAUCAUCGAUCUACUUCUACGCAAAGGAGCUGAUGUGAGCAUCAAGAGCAAUUCUGGACAGAAUGCCCUCCACUUUGCUACCUCCAAGGGCAAUAUUUCCACAGUUCGAACUUUGAUUGCCAACAAGUGCAGUGCCCGAGUGAAGGAUAUUCGCGGGCAGCUCCCAUUGCACCGAGCAGCAGCCGUCGGCUCCGUUCCCAUCCUCAAAACUCUUCUCGAGGAGGGAAGAAGCCCAGUUAAUGCGACAGAUGGCGAUGGCUUCACGGCAUUACACCAUGCCGUUUCUGAGGGACACGGCGAUGCGGCAAUCCUGCUUUUGAAAGCCGGCGCAGAGGCAGACAAGAGAGAUAACGAGGGCCGGUUGGCAGUCGAUCUGAUUCCCGAUGAUAAGGUCAAGCAAUACAUUUUGCAAACUGCGGAGCGGGAAGGCAUUGAGCUCCCUUGA